ACCGCAGGAAAAUAGGCUCUCCGAUUUCCUUUAUUUUGCUUUCGAACUAAGGAAAAACGAUUUGUGCAUAAUUUUCUGUUGUGCGCUUAAAAAUAGAGAAACGGUUUCUAACAUUUUCCAUCGUUGACUUCUGUAGCAAAAUAUAAUGCCCAGAAGCUUUUGGAAGGCAGUGACAGUGGCUGUGGUGGGAAUGAGAUCCCGAAACCAAGGUGGUGAAAGUUCAUCGAAUGGGCACAUCUCUUGCCCCAAGACCUCUAGCACCAGCAAUGCCGGUGAGAAAAGUCUCUCAGAAGAGACAAAGAAGAAGAACAAAUCGAACAGGAAGGAGGAGGAUGUCAUGGCUUCAGGAACGGUCAGGCGACCCCUGAAACCAUCUGGUGAGAGUGAACGAAAGACCAAGAAGAGUCUGGAGUUAUCCAAAGAAGAUCUCAUCCAGCUGCUCAGUAUCAUGGAAGGGGAGUUGCAGGCCAGAGAGGAUGUGAUCCACAUGCUGAAGACAGAGAAAACCAAGCCCGAGGUUCUGGAAGCUCAUUAUGGAUCUGCAGAGCCGGAGAAAGUGCUUCGGGUCCUGCACCGAGAUGCCAUUCUGGCCCAAGAGAAGUCCAUAGGCGAAGACGUCUAUGAGAAGCCCAUCUCUGAGCUGGACAGACUGGAGGAGAAGCAGAAGGAGACGUACCGGCGCAUGCUGGAGCAGCUGCUGCUGGCGGAGAAGUGCCACCGGCGCACGGUGUACGAGCUGGAGACGGAGAAACACAAGCACUCGGACUACAUGAGCAAGAGCGACGACUUCACCAACCUGCUGGAGAGGGAGCGCGAGAGGUUGAAAAAGCUCCUUGAACAAGAAAAGGCUUACCAAGCCCGCAAAGAAAAGGAAAAUGCCAAGCGGCUCAAUAAACUGAGAGACGAGCUUGUCAAACUCAAGUCCUUCGCACUCAUGCUGGUGGAUGAAAGGCAAAUGCAUAUCGAGCAACUGGGCCUGCAAAGCCAGAAAGUACAGGAUCUCACCCAGAAACUGAAGGAGGAAGAAGAAAAGCUCAAAGCGGUCACUUCCAAAUCCAAAGAAGACAGGCAGAAACUGCUCAAGUUGGAGGUGGACUUCGAACACAAGGCCUCGAGAUUCACUCAAGAGCAUGAAGAGAUGAACGCCAAGCUGGCUAACCAGGAGUCUCACAACCGACAGCUACGACUCAAGCUGGUCGGCUUGUCUCAGAGGAUCGAGGAGCUAGAAGAGACCAACAGAAACCUACAGAAGGCCGAGGAAGAGCUUCAAGAGUUACGAGACAAAAUCGCCAAAGGGGAAUGUGGCAACUCCAGCCUCAUGGCAGAAGUGGAAAAUCUCCGAAAGCGCGUGCUGGAGAUGGAGGGUAAAGACGAGGAGAUCACCAAAACUGAGUCCCAGUGUCGGGAACUGCGGAAGAGGCUGCAGGAGGAAGAACAUCACAGCAAGGAGCUCAAACUUGAAGUGGAGAAGUUGCAGAAGAGAAUGUCCGAGCUGGAGAAACUGGAGGAAGCGUUUAGCAAGAGUAAGUCGGAAUGCUCCCAGCUGCACUUGAAUCUGGAGAAAGAAAAGAACUUAACCAAAGACCUGCUGAAUGAGCUGGAGGUGGUCAAGAGCCGAGUGAAAGAGCUCGAGUGCUCUGAAAGUAGGUUGGAAAAGGCUGAGCUAAGCCUCAAAGACGACCUUACGAAGUUGAAGUCAUUUACUGUGAUGCUGGUUGAUGAAAGGAAAAAUAUGAUGGAGAAAAUAAAGCAAGAAGAGCGAAAAGUCGAUGGGCUCAAUAAAAAUUUUAAGGUGGAACAAGGAAAGGUCAUGGAUGUAACUGAAAAAUUAAUUGAAGAAAGUAAGAAGCUCUUAAAACUGAAGUCUGAAAUGGAGGAGAAAGUGUACAGUUUGACUAAAGAGAGAGAUGAGCUGAUAGGUAAGCUGAAAAGUGAGGAAGAAAAGUCCUCCGAAUUGAGCUGCAGUGUGGAUUUGUUAAAGAAGAGACUCGACGGUCUAGAGGAAGUGGAACGAGAAAGGAGAGGGAGGUCUCGAAAGGGGCCCGAGCUCACCGGCCCAGAGGACAACAAGAUCAAGGAGCUGACGCUGGAAAUUGAGAGGCUGAAGAAGCGCCUUCAGCAGCUGGAGGUGGUGGAAGGGGAUCUGAUGAAGACGGAGGACGAGUACGACCAGCUGGAGCGGAAAUUCCGAACGGAGCAGGAUAAGGCCAACUUCCUCUCUCAGCAGCUAGAGGAAAUCAAGCACCAAAUCGCCAAGAACAAGGCGAUAGAGAAAGGGGAGGCCGUGAGCCAGGAGGCCGAACUGAGACACAGGUUCCGGCUGGAAGAGGCCAAGAGUCGAGAUUUGAAAGCCGAGGUGCAAGCUCUCAAGGAGAAGAUCCACGAACUGAUGAACAAGGAAGACCAGCUUUCCCAGCUCCAGGUAGAUUACUCGGUCCUCCAACAGAGAUUUCUGGAAGAAGAAAACAAGAACAAGAGCAUGCGGCAGGAGGUGCUCCACCUGAGCAAGGAGCUGGAGCUGUCCAAGCGCUACAGCCGCGCGCUGCGGCCCAGCGUGGCGGGGCGCCGGAUGGUGGACGUGCCCGUGGCGUCCACCGCGGCUAGAGAUGGUGCAGGCUUGAACUAUGGCAGCAAAAAUGAGGACAGAGAUGCUUCUUGCCGUCCUUCACCUGCGGGUGUUCCUGUGUCUUGGGAGUCCUCUGAUGCUCAGACCGAUGUCCUAUCUGCGGGAAACUCACCGGCAUCUCCCUUGUGUCUCUGUGCUCUCUUCCAGUCGGGACAAGAUGGGUCAUCCCAGCGGCCUGCACCCACCCGCAUUCCUAUGUCAAAAGGUAUGAAAGCAGGAAAGCCAGUAGUGGCAGCUCCAGGAGCAGGAAAUCUGACCAAAUUCGAGGCUCGAGCUGAGACUCAGUCUAUGAAAAUAGAGCUGAAGAAAUCUGCAGCCAGCAGCACUACCUCUCUCGGAGUGGGGAAGGGCUGAGGGCAGUGGCUGCGGGGGUAUGUUGUGCAGAUGCUACCGCUGCUGCGGAAACGAACUUCGCCUGUUCGUGCCAACUCUUGAUCCGUACUAACUUAAGUUUUAAAGAUCUUGCUUAUGAAGUAAUCAACUAAUAGCCAUGUGUCUUUUCUAUUUUGUGCAUUUGUUUUGGUGCUGGGGGACAGAAUUAGUUACCUGUUUGCCGCGCGGUAUGUUGGGGUCGCUGGGCCAGAGGAAGGGCCAGGCCGCUAGUUUCGGUUCUGCUUCUAGCAACUGGAUCUGUCAGUCAGUCCGCCAGUAAGGAAGCCCUCAGUUUCCUCCUCAGCAGGUUUGGGGGCUAAAUCACAUGCUCUUGAAGGCUGGCUCUCAUGUUUUCUAGUCAUAAGCAAAAUUUAAAAGACUUCAUUCUACAAUAAUUUUUUUUUUUCCAAAAAACCCUAUAUGGAGCAGGACACAGCUUAACAAUUGUCUACCCAAUCCUGAAUUUGAUACAUGGGCUGAGGAAAAAAAAAAUCUCAUAGCUAUUUCAGGACCUGGAGCACUGAAAUUUUGCAGACAUGAAAAAGAAAGUCUUUAAUAGGGUUUCAGGAAAUAAUUUGAAUAUGAAAUAAAAUGGAAAUAACUAUGGAAUCCUAAAAACAGAGUUUGACUUCUUUGUGUGUGUCUGUGUGCAUUGUAGAAAUUUUGGACACUUCCAAAAGAUUCCCAGAACUUCACAGACAGUAAUUUUAGAAUCAUAAUGUCAGGCUCGUGCUCCAUUCAAGUUUGCAGUGGCUGCAGAUUGUGGAGCUGUUUGAAUAGAGUUGCCAAGUGGCACUGCAGCUCAACCAAAAUUGUGACGGAUAGAAAAUAGCAGAAAAAUAGCAGAAAAUUCAGCUACUUUAAUGCUGGGGGGUGGGGAUGGCAUUUUUCACAGUGUAAUUGAGUGCAAAUAUUUUGAACUUUACUUGUAAGUACAGAACCAGUUCAUGAUUUGCAGUGGGUGUGUAAGUAUCUGUGUUUGCUGUGUGGUGUGGAGUACGUUUGUAUUCCUGUCAGCUUUACUCUUAUUUGAAUCAUUUUCUUUAGUUAAGCGUGUUUUAAUAAGCAUGAGAAGAGUGUGAGUGCAAAGUACUACAUGUCCUUGUGAGAUUAACCGCGUUAGGUCUUUGUGCUGUGAGUCCCGUAAGCACAAAUGAGCUCAAGGCUAGGAACCUGCCGCUUCACACACCAAAGUCUCCUGUAGCCUUAGCUUUGCCAAAGUGUUUAGGCCAAGUAGGUGAACUUUACAAAAAUAUAAUAACUGAAGAGUUAUGGAUUUUUGAUUUUCUAUUUCUGAAUUGUUAGUGUUUCAAAAUUAUAUAGAUAGUUUCUGAUCUUGACAUUUGGGAAAAGGUGUAUCAAAAAAGACAUAAGAGGGCCAGGGAUUUAGCUUAGUGGUUCCACCGCCUGCCUCGCAAGCACA